ACUUGUACUAUCACACAUAAUGAGCUAGUUGAAAAUUUGGCAAGAGGCCAGCAAAGCAAAUUGAACUUGCAGGAGAAGCUUUUCAACGAGAAGGAUUGAAGUCAUCUUUACAAAAGUCGAGACAAGUUAGCUUGCAUUUACUGUAAUUUGAUGUGUGACUUGAUGUGAAGGGUGUGGAAGGAAAAAGAAGAAGAAAAAGGUGAAGAAAUAAAAGAAAAGGCCAUCGGCCAUUUGGUGUAGAAGAGAAGAGAAGAGAAGAGAGAAGAGAAGGGUAGUGGAAUUUGAAUGAGGGCAAAAGAUAAGAGGUUUUGGUGUGAAUAGUGAGGUUUUCUCUCCAAAAAAUAGAUAUAUACUGUCUAUUGGAGAUGCUCUUAGAAUUUUAACUCAAACAAGCUUAGUAGAAAACACUUGCCAAUGGCUUCCACCAGCAUUCAAACUGUGCCUACAUCUUUUCCCUCUAGUUCUAAACCCCAUCCAGAAUACGAUGUUUUCCUCAGUUUCAGAGGUGAAGACACCCGUAUUAUUUUUACCGAUCAUUUAUAUUAUGCCUUGACAGAUCAAGGGAUUAUCACCUUUAAGGAUGAUAAAGAACUUGAUAAGGGAAUGCCCAUUUCGCUGGAACUCUCGGAUGCAAUCGAGAAAUCAAGGGUGGCGGUCAUCAUUUUGUCUAAAAUGUAUGCAUCUUCCUCGUGGUGCUUGGAAGAACUUGCAAAGAUUGUUGAAUGCAUGGAGGAGGGAGGGUUGAUAAUUUUGCCCAUUUUCUACCAUGUGGAUCCUAGUCAUGUGCGGCAUCAGAGGGGCACUUUUGGAGAGGCGUUUGCUAAUCAUGAAGUAAAGAACCCAGAUAAGGUGCAGAAGUGGAGAUAUGCUUUAACAACUGUGGCCGAUCUCGCAGGACAUCAUUUAAAAGACGGGACCCCUGAGGCUGAGUUUAUCCGAAACACAAUUGUUCCCUGGAUAUAUUCGAAACUGAAGUAUAAAAGUCCAAAAGAUAUUGAAGGCAAUCUUGUUGGAAUAGCAUCUCGUGUUGAGGAAAUUAAUUCAUGUCUACAACUGGAGUUGACUCAUGAUGUUCUGUUUAUUGGGAUAAGUGGGAUAAGUGGAAUGGGCAAGUCAACUCUUGCACAAGUUGUUUUUGACAAGAUUCAUGAUCAAUUUGAUGCUAGCAGCUUUCUUAAAAUUUUGGGAGAGGAUUCUAUUGAAAAACCUGGUUUAUUGACUUUACAAGAACGACUCCUUUCUGACAUAUGUAGAAAAGAUAUUAGGCUAAGGAAUUUGUCCACGGGAAUCCAAGUGAUCAGCAAUAACCUGCGUAAUAAAAAGGUUCUUAUUGUUGUUGAUGAUGUGAGCAAAGAAAGCGAGUUAGAAAAUUUAGUAGGGAAGCCAGAUUCGAAUUGUUUACACCCAGGAAGUAGAGUCAUUGUAACAACUGAAAACAAACAUAUGUUGGCAAUAUGUGGAAUUGGAAGGGUAUGUAUGGCUAAAGGACUAAAUAAUGAUGAAGCUCUACGACUUUUUUGUCUGAAAGCCUUCCACAAACCUCAUUGUGAAAAUAAUUUCCUGGAUUUGUGCAACAAUUUUGUCUAUUAUGCUCAGGGCAUUCCUUUGGUUCUUGAAGUUUGGGGUUCCCAUUUGUGUAAAAGAACAAAAAAGGAAUGGGAAAGUGCUUGGAAUAAGCUAAAAGCUAUACCCCUUGGAAAAACUACUAAGAAACUUGGAAUAGCUGUUAAAGGAUUGGAGGAUUCGGAGAGAGAACUAUUUUUGGACAUAGCAUGUUUCUUCAUUGGAGAGGAUGAGAAUCGUGUAGCUGAUAUACUAGAAUCAGUUCACCACUUCCAAAUUGAUAAAUCCACUCUCAUGGACAGGUCUCUGAUUACUAUUGUAGGGGGGAAAUUGUGGACGCAUAAUUUAUUACAAGAAGUGGGUUGGGAAAUUAUUCGUGAGGAAUCAAAGAAGCCUGAAAAACGUAGUAGGUUGGGAUUUCCAGAUGUCCUGGAUGUAUUAAAGAGCAAUACUGGAACAAAACAUAUAAAAGGCAUUGUGCUAAAAGAACCUCCAGAUGAAGAAGAAGAAUCGAAUAAAUUGAAUGCUGAAUCAUUUUCAAAGAUGACUAAACUUAGAUUGCUCAAAUUUUGUAAGGUGCACCUUCCUUGUCUCAGUUUUCUUUCUAAUGAGUUACUUUUGUUGGAAUGGCAUGAUUAUCCUUUGCAAUCAUUGCCAAAGAAUUUUCAGCCGCGCAAACUCGUUGAACUCAUUAUGCAUCGCAGUUGUAUUCAGAAACUUCCAGGGGAAUUUAGGAACUUGUACAAGUUAAAGCUCAUUGAUUUGAGUGACUCUCAAAACUUAACCCAAACUCCAGACUUCUCUGGAUUCCCAAAUAUUGAGAGGCUGAAUUUCCAAGGUUGUACAAGAUUGCAUGAGUUGCAUCCAUCUGUUGGAGGUCUUAAGCAACUUAUUCAAUUAAAUCUAAAAGACUGUAAAUGUCUUGAGAACCUUCCACAUGAGCUCAACUUGGAAUCUCUUAAAAUUUUAAUUCUAUCUGGCUGUUCAAAACUCAAUAAGUUUCCAGAGAUUGGGAGCAACAUGACAAGCUUGUUGGUACUUUAUUUGGAUGGGACAGCCAUUGAAGAACUACCAUCAUCAAUCAAGCAUCUUACUUGCCUGGUUUUAUUGAAUCUUCAAGACUGCAAAAACCUUUUGUGUUUUCCGAGCAUCAUUUGCAGUUUGACAUCUCUUAAAUUUCUCACUCUAUCAGGAUGUAAGGGUCAACAGCCAAUUGAAGCUUUGCCAUACACCGGUCCUGAACCAGAACCCAGAAAUCCUGUUCCAGAGCCCAUCAAUCUGUUGUUGCCUAGCUCGUUCUCAGGAUUAGGCUCUUUAGUAUCUCUAGAUCUGAGUGACUGUAAUCUGUCGGAUGGAGAACUCCCUGAUGAUCUUAGCUGCUUGUCCUCACUAAAGUCUCUGAAUUUGAGCAAAAAUAAUUUUACAAACUUGCCUGAUAGCAUUUCUGAACUUUCUGAGCUCAAACUUAUUCUGUUGGAUCAUUGUAGCCAGCUUAAAUCGUUGCCGUAUCUUCCAUUAAGUACGCAAUAUGUUUCAGCACGAGGAUGUUCUUCGCUCGAAAAUUAUUCAAAUCAAGUUGUUGUUUGGACUUCGGGUGACACAGGAUUUACUUUUAUUAAUUGCCUUGGCUUGGCUGACGAUGAAGAAGGGAAAAUUGCUGAGAUUUCUUUACUGGAUAUACACUUCCAACCAUUAUGGCAAAGAUUCAUGGAGGAGCAAAUUCAUCAAAUUGAAGGCUUUUACAGUGUUGUUCCUCAAACUGAACUUCCAGAUUGGUUCAACCAUCAAAGUUCUAAGUCAUCUGUAGAUUCUGUACCAAUCCAACUACCUCCCAAUCUGUUUGAAAACAAAAGUUGGAAAGGAAUUGCUCUAUGUGUCAUUUUUGAAGUCAAGAAUCCGAAGGACGUUUCUCCUGGUCAGGAUUCAGAACACUUUCAUGAAUUUAUUUGUCGUUUGGACGUGGAUGGUGGCCUUAAAGAUUCCCGCUUAGUCUAUAAUAUCCCUAAGGAAAAAUUCCAUGGUGGUUCAUUUGGGCUUUGGCUAUUUAUAUCGCACGAGAGGUUCAGAGAAUAUUUAGAUGAACGGAGUUGCAUUAGUCCUUUGAUCAAAACCAACAGUCAGGAUAUUGAGAUUAAAAUGUGUGGUGCACGUGUUCUAUGUGAGACAGAUAUGGCAGAAUUUGUAGAAAAAUUAAGCCAAGCAACUUUGGGGAGCCCUGAUGAAAUCUGUCUACGGGAAGAAAGAUUCAUAACAUAUCAUAUGGGUAAUUCCCAUUACGUUGAUGAGGUUGAAUCCAGUCAGUCUAAAGGCCAAAAUGAGUCAAACCCCAGGCUGAAAACACAGUUCAAGUCACUGCUUUCAAAAUUGUAUCAGGUAGAUUUAGCACAAAGCCACUGUUAUGAUUAUGUCUUUCCUCAGAUUGCAAGACCACCAGACUGGUUCAGUAAUCAAAAUUUUGCGCCCUACAUAAAAAUGGAGUUGCCUCCAGAUUUGCAUGAUAAUUCAAGAUGGUUGGGGUUCACUGUAUAUGCUUCGUACACUAUUGGGAAGCAAGGAGAUCCUUUCGGUUACAAACAGGAUUCAACAAAUUCAACAAUUUUGCUUCGCUUUUCUAGUCUUUCAGCUAGUGAUGAAGUUUCUUUUACACCUUUCACGGCCUUUCCCCUCUCUAGAGACGUUUUUGAAGAGUCAUCACAACGACUUUUGGUAUUUUACAUACCACGCCUGCUUUUCGGAAUGAAUCGGUGCAGUCACAUUGGAGCUUUAUUUGAAAGCGAUAAUCCAGGUGUGCAAAUUGGAAUGUGUGGAAUCCGUCUUGUAUACGAGAAAAAUGUUGGAGAGUUUGUGCAAACACUUGUCCAGUAUAUGUUAGGGACUCCAGAGGUCUAUCAUCAAUCUAUUUACCUAAAUCUUAUACAUCAACUUGGAAAGCUGCGGGAAUGCAACCAUGGAGAAGAUUUUUGUUGCACUUUCACACCGGAAAGGAGGCCUCACGCCAUGCAUAUGCCAAAGCUUCUACCAAGUAAUGCUAUACAGGAGAAGAUACAAGAGAGGUAUACACCGGAAUUUCACCCUAAUGCAGUAGGCACUUCAAGAAACCCAGAUCGCUCACCGAUUUAUUUAGGCAUACCAUUUUUGAAUGGCCAAUGUGGAAGUAAGAUGUCAAGCAGCCUUGAAUCCUGGUUUAAGUCAUAUUUGCAGGACCAAUAUAACAACCGUGGCAUUUUCAAUCACUGUUUUCCUCAAAGUGAAAUCCCAGAGUGGUUCAGCCAUCAGAGUACAAAUAGACCCUCAGUGAGAAUUGAGCUACCUCCUAAUUCGUAUGACAAUCCUGAUUGGAUGGGAUUUGCAUUUUGUGCUGUUUUCUCAUUUCACAAGCAUCCUACCGCGGUUUGUAAUAACCUGAAUUCCGAAUUUACUCAUAUCUUCAGUUGUCAUUCGAAGACCAACUUGGGUUGUAUGAGUCCAUUAUUCUUCUAUGGAAUCCAUGAAGAUGACGUAUUAAUUUCAUUACAUCAACGUGCAUUUAUUUGGGUUUCAUUCCUACCACGUGGGAUCCUUUUACCUGAAUGGAGGCAAUGCACUUGGGUUGAAUUCUCAUUUCUAAGCGGUAGUCCAGAUGUGUCGCCGCUGAAGUGUGCAGUGGAUCUUUUAUACAAGCAAAAUUUGCAAGAGUUUACACGUACCAUGGUACAAUGCGUAAUCUCGUAUGUUGACUAUUUAUCUGUCAUCCGUGGCUCCUGUAAGAAGGCAGUAUAUAAAAGAUUGCCGUUUUAUCCUAGUGAUGAAUUCAAUGGCGGUGACGGCUUGUAUGAGGACCUUGACCGUCCAUGCUUGCCCAUUUCUCAGGGGGAGACAAGUGGAACUUCUAGCCAGUAUUCUUAUGAGAACUCACACUCUUGGGAACAAUUUUACAAAACUGGCGCGUUGGACUUUAAUCCAUGCACUUUGUAUAAUUUUUGUUUCCCUCCAAGUAAAAUUCACGAGUGGUUCAGUCAUAAGAAUCGUGGACAUUCAGUGACAAUUGACCUACCGUCAAAUUUGUACCAUGAUAAUAAUUGGAUGGGACUCAUUCUAUAUGCUUCUUUUUCACUCCACGGGGAUCCACAUAGCAUCUUGAAUUAUCUGGUUUCCGGAAUUCCUCACUUUCUAUAUUGUCAAUGCCGAACGAUUAUGGCUAAUGUGGGUGAUGAGACAAUUUCUUGCAGCACUACUAUAGACGAAAUCAUGUGGUUACUUAAUCUAGGUGAAUUCACUUGGAUAUCCUACGUACCAGUUGAGUUAUUUAAAAAUUUGUUGCAAUACUGCAACCACAUUGAGGCUUCAUUUGUAAGUGAUUGGCCAGGCGUGAUAGUUCAGAAAUGUGCAUUACAUCUUUUGUACCAGCAUGAUCAGGUACAAUUCGAGCAAGAACUAAGACACUGCAACGACUUGAUUUUAGAGCAGCAGGAGAUUGUUCGUAGAUAUACAGAGGAUUAUGAAAAGAAAAGAAAUGAACAAGGUGGUGUUGAUAAAAAAAAAAACUUUUCCACUAGCAACUAUGAAGUUCAAUUAGUUCCAAUAUUUAUUGAUCACUCAAAGACCAAUGAAACUAAGACUAAACUCGGCAAAAGUGACUUGCUGGACUUUGAUCAAUGCCGUGUCUAUAAUUCUUGUUUUCCUUUAUGUGAAAUUCCGGAGUGGUUUAGCCACCGGCGUGAUGAGCCUACAGUGACAAUCCCUUUACCUCCGAAUGUGUUCAAUGACAAUACUUGGAUGGGACUUGUUCUAUGUGCUUCUGUUGCAGUUGAAGCAAACCCAACUGCCAUCCUUGACAUUCAGAAUUCAGAAACUUCUUACAACCUCAUUUGUCAUUUGGAAACCAAUAUUGAAUGCGUGGAACCUCUCCAUGUCCAUCACAUAACUGUAGAAGAUCUCAAGUUGUUACAGCAAGGUGGAUUUAUUUGGCUGUCCUAUAUUCCACGUGGUACAUUUCAAGACUCGGUGAAUCAAUGCAGCCGGAUUGAGGCUACAGUUGCAAUUGAUUUUCCUGGGUUGGUGCAGAAGUGUGGAUUUCAUCUUCUUUACAAUUAUGAUGAGGAAAAAUUUAAGGAAACAAUAAGACAAUGCAUGGUCUUGUUCUCUAAUGAGCACGAGUUGGUUCCAAGACUUAUUUAUCAAUUGGAAACUAAUGAAACUAAGACUCAACUUGGCAAAAGUGACCUACCGGACUUUGAUCAAUGCUGUGUCUAUAAUUCUUGUUUUCCUCUAUGUGAAAUUCCAGAGUGGUUUAGCCACUGGAGUGAUGAGCCCCUGGUGACAAUCCCCUUACCUCCAAAUGUGUACAAUGACAGUACUUGGAUGGGACUUGUUCUAUGUGCUUCUGUUGCAGUUGAAGCAAACCCAACUGCCAUCCUUGACAUUCAGAAUUCAGAAACUUCUUACAAUCUUAUUUGUCAUUUGGAAACCAAUAUUGAAUGUGUGGAACCUCUCCAUGUCUAUCACAUAACUGAAAAAGAUCUCAAGUUGUUACAGCAAGGUGGAUUUAUCUGGCUGUCCUAUAUUCCACGUUGUUCAUUUAAAGACUUGGUGAAUCAAUGCAGCCGGAUUGAGGCUUCAGUUGCGACAGAUUGCCCUGGCUUGGUGCAAAAGUGUGGCUUCCAUCUUCUUUACAAACAUGAUGAGGUAGAGUUUCAGGAAACAAUAAGACAAUGCAUGGCCUUGUUCUCUAAUGAACAUGAGGUAAGUCCCAAAAAAUCUAGUAGCUCCAGUGAAGACCCUCAAUCUGAACCUGUUGAUCCAACCAUUCAUAAAGACAAGGGUAAGAGAGUUCUAGAGUACUAACAUCUAUCGGUCUGCUGCUUUUCAUCUUUGGGGACACCUCUUUUUUUUAUUCUUAAGCCAUUCUCUCUCCAAAUUUUCAGUUUUAAGUCUAUACGAAAAAUACCCAUAAUUGUAACUGCUUUGAUAAAGCAGAUGGGAAACAAUACUUGAACUAAUGCAGGAAUUUGGUUUGAGAACAUGAGUUCCUUGGAAUGCCAUUUUGUGGGAGUUGUUUUAUGUGGUUAGAUGAAGACAUAAUUUUAUCAAUAGUCCUAAUUUUAUUUGGAAUAU